AUGGAUGUUUCAAGUAUCAUUCUUAAGUUACUAUCUGAUGGGAUUGUAGAUGGAGAGUAUGACAGUGUUUUAACUACAUUGAAUGAACUUCUCAGACCGAUACAAUAUGAAGCUGUUAGAUGGCCUGAUGGAUCAUGUAUUGUGUUAAAAGAUAACAGAAGUUCAUGGCCACCAGACCUUGGGAUCGAAGAGGUUGAAGAUGUGUUUAGAAGAGUGGUGUGUGGGAUGCCAGUAUCUGGAGACAUAGUGGAUAUGCUUAUUCAAGAACGAUGGAUUGAAAAUGUCGAGGGAAAUCCUCAGCUAAGUAGAAGAUCAUUGGUGCAACAUACGGACUUUAUCCUUGGAUUAGGUGGAAGAUACGUGAUUUGUGAUGUUUGUGGGUUUCUAAACGAAGAAGGUGGAAUCCAUGGAUUCUGUAAGGCACUCCUGGAAAAGGAAAGAGGUUUUGAUGAAAAAAAUUGA